AGAAAGAAAAGAAACAGAGAGAAGAGAUUGAAGAAGGAGAAGGAUGGCAAGUUUGAUAGACAAAGCGAAGGGGUUUGUAGCGGAGAAGAUAGCGAAUAUUCCAAAGCCAGAGGCGAGCGUGGCGGACGUGUCAUUCAAAGAGGUAACAAGGAAAGCGGCCACUUUCAAUGCCCAAGUCUCCGUUGACAACCCUUACGUCACUCCUCUCCCCGUUUGUGAAGUUUGUUAUACCCUCAAGAGCGCCGACAGGGUAAUAGCAUCAGGGACAAUGGCAGACCCUGGAUCCAUUGCUGCAAAGAGUGUGACAAAGCUUGACUUGCCAUUUAUUGUGCCAUAUGACUUUCUAUUGAGCAUCAUGAGAGACAUUGGGAAAGACUGGGACAUUGAUUAUGAACUGGAGAUUGGCCUUACUAUUGAUCUCCCGGUUGUUGGCAACUUCACCAUCCCACUCUCCAGCAAGGGUGAAUUGAAGCUCCCUACUCUUGCUGAUAUAUUUUAACUCUUUUAUCUUUACAUAUAUAUGAAUCAAUUUCGCUGUUUUAUUUAA